AUGGUGUUGACAAAUUCUAAAUUUUAUUUCUCGAAUCCGACGCGAAAGAUAUCUUUUUUUGUCCACAAUAUCGAGGCUAAGGAUGUGGCCGCGCAGCUUGGCCGACCGGUGACGCGAGCCCGGCUCAGCGGUGAGAGCGAUCAAACGUCGGGAAGGCCUACAAAGUUGGCCUCUGCCGCUAAGAACAAGAACAACGAGGCCCAGCCCAAUGCCGCAGCGACAUCAUCGUGUUCCGAAGCCCCAUCGCAGCCGAGGAAACGGGGACGGCCGAGCCUGCCGGGAACGGCACAAUCAAGCGCUGCAGCGACAAGCAAUAAGAAUUCGACCCGCCCCAGCCUUCAGGAGGCGCCAAACGUUGAUAAAGAAUUGACCUCCGCUGCUAACAACAGGAACAACGAGGCUCAGUCCAAUUCUGCAGCGACAUCAGCAUCAAGUGCGCAAGGCCCUUCGCAGCCGAGGAAACGGGGACGGCCGAGCCUGCCGGGAACGGCACAAUCAAGCACUGCAGCGACGGACAAAAAGAAGUCGGGCCGCCUCAGCCUGCAGGAGCCGCCAAACGUUGAUAAAGAUUCGAACGGUCGCCCUCAUUUGCGGAGCGGCGAUGUCCGACAUCGCAGUGGAAGCGGUGUGAGCGCGCCGAUUUUUGAACUCUCUGAGAGCGUCUCGCCAGUACGAGAUCGCACGAAACGACGCAGUAAUGGCUCAACUCCACCCACCAUCAGCCGCUUCACUUUGGCGAAGAGACGGGCCACUUCAACGAGAAAGGCGAUUCCGCAAGGAAUUUCGGCUUUCUCCAUAGUCGAUACUUGGGCCAGGCUAAGCAAGGACGAGCCGAAAAGAAAGACGCAAAUGGUGCUGCGAGACCAUUCAUUGGCUCUGCAGCCGUUGAGGAAGAGAACGAAAGACUGGGUACACGACGUUGCAGCACGUUUAAAGGCCACGGCUGACAGGACGGUCCUUUGGGCUGAUGUGGCAGCAGGGCCGAAUAUACGCUUACAUGCCGACAUCAUGUACAUCAAGAUGCAAGUCGCAAAAUUCUACAAGGACGGCGCCCACCACCUCGAGGAUCGCGGCCGCUGCUUUCUCGACGUCACAAACAAGACCAAACAAGAGAUCGACUUCUCCUUCGAUGAAGAUGAGCUGGCUCGUCUGAGCUCCGCCUUUUUCGUCGUCACCGCGCGCUACAAAUGUCUGAGGACCGAAAAGCGAAAAACCGACGCCGGCUGCUACCAGCUGAUGAAGACCAGCGGCGUGCUCGAGGUCGGCCGAAAAAUCGGCAACCCAAUCGUGCUAUUCGAUGCCAAGAAGCACCCCGGAUAUGCGAGCUCGGCGGAGACGUUGACAAAAAUGUGCGCCACGACUAGAAAGCUGGAUUCGAGCGCGCCGGACUAUCGCAGCCUGACCGUGGCCCUCGAAAAGUUGAAGCCCCGGCAGCCGCAAAACGCGAUUCCGCCGCGGGCUGAUGGCACUGGAGAGCAAUCGCCGCUCAGUUAUUACUGGCUCGACGACGGCGUGAAGCGUAGUCUGGCCGCUGAGGUGCCGUUCGGCAUGCCGUUUCCCGGAAUGACGAAACGGAGCUUCGUCUCCGUCGACGACCUUCUGGAAUACCUGAACUCUACGACGGUGUUGUCAUUUCAACGUGAGGAGGACGAGUCGAGUAACAUCAUCGUGGGCCCGGCGACGUUCGUGUUGCCCAAAGUGCCCGAAGCGCCUCUUCACAACGUCCGCACGACCGGCGAAUACAUCACCGUCCGGCCAUACCCAUUCCAACGAGUCAAGCGCUGCGACGGCGAUCGGCACACUCUCCCGUUGGGCCUUGACGAGUCCUGCUAUAUUCGCGAGUACGAGGAAAUGGAAGAUGACGUUGACCGCCGUCGUCCAGCGCCGCCCGGUGAAGCGCAGUUCCUCAGCUUGUGGAACUACGCCCUCCGCCACCACAACCGAUCGGUCGUCGACUCAACCGAGGGCUUCAGGCUAUUGCGCCACUUCCACAGCGAAUACGUGCCGUUGCUGGACGCUCCGGGUCAAGAUUUUUGGGCGAUGCACCUUGACGAGUGCGAGAAAGCCAAACUCAUCGGCGCGAUGGAGCGGAUGGCGCUGCUCUCGGGCGACUUCAGCGUUUGCGACAAGUUCGAGCAAGACCGGGCGCGCGCCGUGCAGGAUGACUUUGCUGAGGAGGGGCCGACGGUCGAGAUCGGCGAGGAAUCUGAAGGCGAACAAGACAAUGAACCGCCGAAAAAGUCAAGGAGGCGCGUCCGCACAACAACUUCUUCUUCGUCGACGGCCGGCUCCAAGCCUCUCAAGCGGAAGCGGCGAACAAGUCAAGGCGGCCCUCAGGAAGCCUGCCCGGCGGCUUCGUCAAGCCGUGCGCCGUCCCGCGUGAAGAGCGCCAGGAAGCACGCGGCCGGCCCCGAUGACACCCCGUUGAGCCCGUCGCGAAUUGGUCAAACAAGGAUGGCGAAGCGCAUCGUGGACGAGGUCAAGAAGAUGGCGCCGCUCACCAAGGACAAGAAAAGGCCGUCCGUUGCGCCCGGACCGAGCAAGAGGAAUCGGUUUGAAUCGAGCUCGAUCGCCGCC